CAUCCAUUCCCUUUCCCCACUCCCUCCCGUGCUCCUCCCACUAGCCCCCAGCCCCUCCGCUGCUAGGGCAAGAUUGUUCUCUGCAGUCUAAUCUCCAGGGCGUUGAGUAGUUACCAUCCCUUCGCUCUGAGCAAUGCCAGCUCUCAUGAACAGGAACUGAAAGAGAUAAAGUGUCUCCGUUAAGAGAGAAAAAGACCAUCCCACAGACCAGGAGGCUAGAAGAAAGGGAGAGGAAGCCAUGACUUCUUCCGCAGAGACUGGCUGAGCCCUUCCAAAAUGUUGCACAAGCUGAUGCAAAGGACCUGAUUCUCCUCUUAUACCACUCUAAAUGAGGAGCGACUCCACUGAAACAGAGUUGCACUGAUGUACAAACGGUGUCAGAGGAGAACCUCUGGGGCGGAGCAUGGCCACUGUUUAGCUGAGCACAGCAACACCACACAGCUGACUGCGAGUGAAGAAAAAUCUAGUAGCCAGCUGAAACUAAAGGGAGAAUUGUUGGGAGGCAAAGUGCAGUAACACAAAUGAAAAUGUACCCAGGACACCAGGGUUAACACUCCUACAAAUAGUGUCAAGGGAGUCUAACCACCCCAUCCUUGGUUUUAUAUCUCAUCUAGAGACAUCCCCAGCACCACACUAGGGUUACAGGGUAGUGGUGACUCAGAGGAGAGAGCAUCCCCUACUGAACCAGCCACCCCACUCCAUGCAGCACAGCGCCCCCUAGUGCUAUGCUAGGGUCAGUGCUGACUCAGAGGGAAGAGCACCCUCUACUGAGCCACGUACCCCACUGCUGAUUCUGAGAGAAGAGCACCCCUACAAAGUCACUGCUUCCUGAUAUAUUAAAGCCAUCUGUGGUAGUCUCUCAUCCAAUUUUCAACCCAGUUAAACUCCUUAUCCAGGCGUAAGGUGCAUAUAGCCCCAGGUGGCACUGUGCAUAGCACCCCUGAGGUAAGGCUAACAAUACAUGGCAGAAAGGUGGUGCAAUUAGGAAGGAACAGGGUCACAUUUCUCUGGACUUCCACUGUAAGGAAUAGGUGGGUGUGAAUGGUCACUGAUUUGCUCAGAUGCUGUCCUGGAUCCUGGGGUGAGAACUGGGAUCCCAAAAAUCACCUCCACCCCCAACCCACCUUGUAUUUGCACCAGCUCAUAGGUGACUCUCCGUUCUCUCUUCCAGUAGAUCAUCCAUCCAGAAGUGCUAGCCACAGGUGGAAGAUCCAGCCAAAGGAAUUUAGGGCGAUCUUUGACCCCAGCGCAUUUCCCAAGGUGACCUACCUACUCUAUGAAAUUAAGUGGGGCAACAGCACGAAGUUCUGGAGGAAGUGGUGCCCGAACACCCCCACCCAGCAUGCCGAAAUCAACUGCCUGGAAAAUGACUUCAAGGCGAUACACCACAGGCCUUCAGUGCGCUGCUCCAUCAUCUGGUUCCUGUCCUGGAGCCCCUGUGGGCUGUGUUGCAGACUGAUCAUUCACUUCCUACGGGCCCAUCCCAAAGUGACCCUGCAAAUCUACAUAGCGCGGCUCUUCAGGCACAGAGAUGAACGGAACCGGCAAGGCCUCAGGGACCUGGUGAGCAGUGGAGUGAACGUUUACAUCAUGAGCCUCCCAGCUUACAACUACUGUUGGAGAACAUUUGUCGACCACCGAGUCAGAGAAGAUGAUAUUUACUGGCCCUGCUACUUCACUCCAUGGAUGAUAUUCUAUAUGCUUGAAUUCCAGUGUAUCCUGCAGGGUCUACCUCCUUGUUUACAGAUUUGGCUGAAGAAUUACACUGGCUCACCUGUUUUCCAACUCGUUUUACAAGAAUCUCAUAGAAAAAUACUCUGGCAAAGUCUCCACACAGCAAACAGUCACCAGCAGCGACUGAUUUUCAGGCCUAGGCCAUCAGCUGAGCACUGGUACUCAUCAAUGUAUUUUUCUGCACCACCAGUCAGUCACAAGCAGUGACCUGUGCUCGAGCCUAGACACAAGUCAAUUAACAGCCUACACCAACAUACUAUCCUGGAGCACCAACCAUUGUUCAAGCCUGAGCCAUCAAUCAGGCAAAGGGUUGGCCCAGUCUUGUAUCUUGGUGUGUAGCUAUGAUUGGAUGCUUGUAUAUAGGUAGUUUUGUUUUUUUUUAAUAUCUACAGUGCAAGUGAAGACUGUGAUUGUAGCAAAGGUAGGCAUGCCUGUGUUAUCUCUAAACUGAUGAGAACAGGUAACAAUAGUAGUGUAGAUGUGGUGACAUGGCCUUCAGAGCAGGUUAGCAACCAGAGUACAUACACAGGCUCCCUGGAGGAUUUGUACUCUGGUUGCUAGCCCAUGCUGAAGCCCAUGCCAUGACAUCUACACUACUAUUGUUACCUGUACUCCACUAGAUUAAAGCUAACAUGGAUAUGUUUUACCAUGGUACAAUCACACCUUCACUUGCAAUGUAGACAUUCCAAAAAGUAACCACCUGUCUACAAGCAUCCAGUUACAGCUACACACCCAGAUACAAAACUUGGCCAUCAACCAAGCAACAGAAUGACCAGCAUCAUAAUUAUACUGACCUGGACCAUGGUCCAGUCUCAUGAAUAGAUGACCCUAAUGUCUCCAAUUCAAUUAACUGAAAUGAGCUAGAUUCUGUUUUCGUCUACAUUGGUGUAAAUCCUGAGUAACUACACUGAAUUCAGUGGCGUUACUCUAGAUUUGUACCAAUGCAAAUGAGAUCACGGGAGGAGGAAGAGGUGUGUAUUUCCUAAGGAGCAAUCCUUGUACUAGGUACAUUUAGGGAAGAGUGCUUUAGUAAAUUACAUUACUAUAGAUACAGCUCAGGUAUGCCUAGUGCUUUAUCAAUGAUCCAUAAUUAUCAAUGAUUUCAAACUGGAGAUGCAAAGAGGAGAUUUUAAAGUGAGUGCAUUUGUGAAUUGGAGUAACAGCCUCAGUUUUAUACCCUGCAGAAUUGCAAGUGGCUUUGGAUGACAUCUAAAUAUUAGUCUUUUAGACUAUGAUGAGUUCUUAGCCCUCAUCUACACUAGACAUUCAGCCAUGCCAGGGAACUGGCCACAUGCUCAGUUGACCCCUGAACCAAUCACAGUCAUUGCUCCAAUUUGUGGGGAAGGCCAGAACUUUCAUAACCAGGUUACAACUCAGACACAGUUAACUUCCCCUCUAUAAGUAGGACCCAGAAGCCCAAUUCUGCAUACGCAAACUUGAGUAACUGUUGAAGCCAAUGGGACGGUCCAUCGGAGUAUAUUUAUUUACAUGGUAAGUGGUUGGAAAACGGGGCCAAAUGUUAAGGAGCAACCAGGUUAGGGGCAAUGGUGUUGCAGACAAAGUCCCCAGGAGUGUUGUAGUUGUAAUGUAGGCAGGGCCGUCUUAGACCAGAUCUUCACUUGCCAGAGAUCAAGGAGGUGAAGAGCAUAUGACUAAUGGUAAUAAGAAUGACACAUUCCGAAAACAUAUUUCUCAGAGCUUUGAAUGUGUGUUUUCAUUGUUUAGCUGUAAUUCGGUUCAUAUUGCUUCAGUAUGAUCCCUAAUGACAUUCCACAAUUGUGAUAAAUGAAGGGGGCUCCCUUUUAUGGACCCAGCCAGCCAAAGUUAACUGUAAAAUCCCUCUUGGUAGCUGUUCUCUACUUGCUUUACCUGGAAAGUGUUAAAAAGGCUGACUGAAUGCACAGGUAAAAGGAAGUGAGUGGAUAUCUGGCCAAAAGAGCCAAUGGGAAGGCUAGAACUUUUUAAAAUGGAAAGAUUCCCUUUGGUCAGUCUGUGUUGUUCUCCCAGAGAGCAGGGAUGGGGCUGAAACUAUUCUGUAAAAAGCUUUAAGACAGGUAUGAAAAAUCAUCAGAUCAUACCUAGAAACUACUUAUUGAAAACCCCAGAUAUGUAAGUAGAUCAGGAAAUGUCUAGGAAAACACGAUUAGGUUUAUUUCUUUUAUUUCUUUAUGGCUU